UAAGGCUUUUUAUACAAAAAAACAGAGGCCAGACACAUACACAAAAGAGAGAAAGCAAAGUAAAGACAAGUAUAAUGUUAACAUCGAGGGCAUGGAUCAUCUCUUCGGGUUUGGUCGGAGCUAUAUCACUGAUGCUCCGAUCGGCGUUGAACUUCUCCAUCGCCGGAUCCAAUUUCUCUCUGCCUACCUUCAAUCCCCUCUUCAUCAUAAUCAACGUUAUCAUCUUCGCUCUCGCCGCCUCCUCUUCUCUCUUCGGUCAUGGAUCUGACUCUUCGGCCACGGAGCGUAACCACGAUCAUGAUACAUAUCAUCACUAUGAACAUGAUGACUAUAACCAUAACCGUAGCCAGAACCAUGACCAAGACCGUUCUUGGAAUAACUCAUCAUCAUCCGGUUAUUCCUUUGAUCAAUACAACAAUAAGGUUCACGUGGAAAAAAAGUUUCCGAUGAAGUCAGAGAGUGAAGGAUCUUCUGGUAAUCGUAGACCGGUUCCAUCUCCGGAGAUUCAUUUUCCGUCAAAGGCGCCGGAGAAACCUACUGGACUCCGACGUCCACCUACUGUCCCUUUAAAGACUUUUCCACAAGAUGACAAGUCGGGUGAUGAGAACGAGACAAUGGACGAGACGUGGAAGAGAGUCAAAGCCGAAAAACAACCAAAGAAACCUAAAACGGUUCAAGGCCACGUCAUUUCAAGAAACGACUCAAGAAUGUCCACAUCGUCGUGUCCAUCACCGUCGGGAGCGAGGAGGCCUCCUCCGUCGUCGGGGUCGGGAAAGAAGUUGAUGGAGAGAAUUCCGUCGUGGGUGAAUUUGAAAAAGGAGUUGUCGAUGGGAAGAGAUGAGCUCAACUCAAGAGUCGAAGCUUUCAUAAGAAAAUUCAACGAUGAGAUGAAAUUGCAAAGGUUGGAAUCUUUGAGACGUUACAAGCUUUUCCGUCGUCGGAGCGAGGAUAAGUAAGGGAAGGAGCAUACAAAAAGACGAUAGUGCAUUUUAUACUGUUUUCCCUUAUGGUGCGCUCGGUUUCAUCCACACUCCAUACGGUAGUAGUUUUUAUCUACUCAAAGCCAGAAUGAAUAUCCACCAUUCAACGACGGACGACCUGUGGUCUUUUGUAAUCAUUGUCAAGAAGGUUAUAUACAAAUCCUUCAAAAAAAAAAAGGGUUAUAUGUGCAUUUGUGUGUGUUAGCUUAGAUUUGCGUUUAGCUGUGUAAGACAAUGUGUUUCUUUAUUAAUUAAUUAUGUAAAAAAUUGGUAUAAAA